GAGUCUGUUUACAGUUAUCGCGAACGAGCGGUGAGCGGUCUGCUGGCGCACGUGGGUUUACUUGUACACUCGAUCAUGUGUAGUACGAUGUCCGAUGACGAAAACGAUGCGGCGUGGGACAGCGCGGAGGAAUUGGAGACCGAGCGCGAAGACAGCGCGUGCCUGUUCUGCGGCGAAGUGCGCGCUUCACCAGAGCUCGUGUACGAGCACUGCGCGCAUGACCACGCGUUCUCCAUCAAGCAUGUGGUUGAACGCUUGCAGCUGGACUGCUUCGGGUACAUCAAGAUGGUCAACUACGUCCGUAAACACAAAACAAGCCCGGAGGCUCUACAGACUGCUGAUCCACAAUGCCUUCCCUGGGAGGAUGACCAAUACCUUGUGCCAGUUGUGCAAGAUGACUUGCUCUUAACCUAUGAUGUGGAAGAACUCUUGAAUGCCAGUGCAAAACCUGAGGAUGAGUGUCGCCAACUGCGUGACCGGCUUUCUCAGGCUGAGCAAGCCAUCGAGCGCAUGAGGGAAGUGGCAGAAAGCUGGCUGCAGUCGAACGAGCAAGCACAGCCCAUUGAACAUGAUGAGCCUUACUUUGAGUCAUAUGGACACCAUGGCAUCCACCUUGAGAUGCUGUCUGACAGGCCACGGAUGGAUUCAUACCGCAAGGCCAUCGAGCUAAAUGCUGACACCUGCAUUCGAAAUUGCACUGUGCUUGACGUUGGGUGUGGCACUGGCAUCCUCUCCAUGUUGUGUGCUCGGGCUGGUGCACGCAGUGUAGUGGGAAUCGACCAAUCGGGUGUUGUCUACAAUGCAAUGGACAUUGUCAGGGAGAAUGGUCUGUCAGAGCGAGUGACCCUGGUGCAUGGCCGCGUGGAGGAAUUGGAGCUCCCCGAGCGUGUGGACGUGCUGGUGUCCGAGUGGAUGGGCUACUUCCUCCUCUUCGAAGGCAUGCUUGGCAGUGUGCUUCAGGCCAGGGACCGGCUACUGCGGCCGGGAGGGUUGAUGCUACCCAGCCGGUGCCAGCUCUUCCUGGUGGCUCUCAGUGACACUAACAUUCAUCGACGAAUGGUGAGCUUCUGGGAUGAUGUAGAAGGCUUCAAGAUGACCUGCAUGCGGAAGGAAGUGCUUGGCGAGGCCCAUGUGAUGGACGCCCCAGCUUCAAGUGUCUGCUCCGAGCGACCAGCCCUUCUGUUGAACUCCCGGGUGGUGCUGUCUCGGCGCAUGAACCUUGACUUGAACACGUGCCACAUGGAGGACAGUGACUUUGCGAGCGACUUUGAACUGGAUCUCCAGCCAGGCACACAACAGGUCACUGCAUUGGCCGGUUACUUUGACUGCACCUUUGAGCUACCAGUGCCUGUUGUCCUUAGCACAGCAAUGGAGGCAGAGUCCACACACUGGAAACAGACAGUAUUCUUGCUGGAAGAGCCACUCUUAUUAGCUGAAGGCGAGAAGACGGUACGAGGGCGAUUGGCGUGUCGACGGCAAGGCCGCAGGGAGCUCCUGGUCACGAUAACACUAGGGUCAACACAGCGGCAGUACAUGCUGCACUAAAGAGUUGCUGCAACUGCAGUUGAUGCUUUCUUGAAAAGGUGCCAUGUUCAUGGCAGUAUGGUGGUUUGUGCUGUGUUGGAACAGGGCAAACAUGGCCAUAGCUGCCAGAUGAACGCAACUGUUCCUCUUUGUUGCGAACAUUUGAGCCCGUGUUGUUGUUCACAUUGAACACGCGAUUUCUACAGAUCCGCAAACAGAGUGUUUGGACAUUCUGUUGCAAAGAAAAAGAGAGAUCCAUAACACAUCAGUCGCUAUACUUUAUCGGUCGUUCCUUGCAGCACUGUGUAAGCUGCAGGAUUUCUUAGCCGUUAAAAAGGGCAAAUGCCCCUCAAGAUGUGUUCUUCUGUGCUGCGUCAUCUUCUGUUUGUCCUGUUGAUACAUGCUUCCAGGCACGAGUGUUGAUGCACCAAAUGUUUUGGUGCUAUGACCAUAAGCCAUGUUUACAUGAAUGUGACUGUGGGGCUUUGCUUCAUAUAUGCAUACAGUACUCUUUCUCAGCAGUUUCUUGCAGCCUCCUUAGCCAACACUAAGGGUGAACACCCCUCUUUAUGUGUUCACUCGUGCUGUAUCGUCUGCCCUGCCUCUAGUUGGUGUUUGCUCACCAUUGUCACCAUGUACUGCACUGGAGUGUAGUAGUAAAUUAAUGCAGUGGACAAUUCGACUUUCAGGUCAUUUCGCAUUGUCAGUGCAUCACCAGUGCUAAUGCUGUUAAGUGGAAACCACCUGCAAAGUGGAGAUCGCACCUCUUUUACAGCUUGGUGUCUCCUCUGUAGGCACAGCAGCGUCAGACAAACAGCUGAUCAAAGUAAUAUAACAACAAAACAUGCCUCAUGCUUCGUGCUCUGUGUGAAGUGAGACUAAGUGAUGGCUAAUUAUACCAUUAAUUUCUUGCGGUCAGUGGAGAGCAAGUAACAAACUUGAAUUUGGGUUGAAGCAAGCGAUGUGGAUUGUGUGGGCAUUGCCAUGUUGCUAUGCGGUCCUGGUUACUGGUGGUAACAGCCAGAAUAAUUAACGGUAUACGACAUGCAUGUACAGAGGGUCUGACAUAUCGCGUAUUGCUGUAACAUGUCCCCCAAAAGCUGUAACCUCACCAACAGUUAAGACAGUUACACCCAGAACUAUAUUCUGUUAAACAAGGAUAUUGUCUCAUACCUUUCGCAGUGCUGCAAGUUACUUGUGAGAUAGAGUAUAACUUCAAAGCCCUGGGCUGAAUACUACCGUAUGGCUCAAGUGUCCUUGUGUCUUCCUCUGUCUGUAAGCGUUGUCCCUCGAACCGGCCAGUAAUGCACACAUAUUGAUUUCUUUGGCACUGCUGUGUGUUGGGUCUGCUGGUAUGCGAACUUGGAUAACAUUUUAGCUCCAGCAGACAAGGACAAAAGGGACACGUAGACACCACAAUAACUCAUUGUGGUGUGUAUGUCUCCCUUUUAUUCCAGCAUUAAAAUGUUAUCCAUGAUUUCCUUUCAUUGCAACACACUGAUUCAGUGAUUCAGACAGAAGCAUGGAUGAAUAUACAUGAACAAGUGCUUAUGUACAGAUUUUUGUGUCCAGUGACUGGUAAAAAGUUAAAGAAAAGGCAAUGUCUUUAAGUGGGACCACAAAUACUGCAAUCGAGGUGUUGUGAAUAUUUGCUGACUCUGAGAAAAUCCUGAAUGCACAUCAAGAAACAAGCGUGAAAAAGCCACUGUGUUUUCAUAUUUGUUUGAGCAUCUCAUCUUUCAGAAAUAAAGAACGAUAUAGUAGUACCAUACCUCAUUUCUGUAAGUUGCAUCAAGUGGUAUGUCUAAACCAGACAAAAUUGAUAUUAAUACUCUUCAUUCAGAAAUACCUACAUUAUAUCCUAUGUUUGUUACAAGCGCAGAUUUGUUACAUGCUAGCAUCGGCAAGAAACCUUUUAGACUUCCUUCACUAAUAUCUGGUAAUCAGUUAUAGCUGUCUUUGUUAUAUCAAACUUUGGCUGUUUCAUACAUCAAUCUGAAUUAUAUUAACUAGUUGUGAAUGGGACUUUUGCAAGGCUUGAUAGGCAAUGCGACAAUGUUAAGUAAGCCAUACCACAUUUAUAUCUGCAUUAUACAAACUACAAUAUGCUGGUUGCAUAACUAUGAAAUCUGUUUUUGAGGCAGAAUUACAGAGUUAAAAGUUAAAGAAAGUUAAAGAAAAGGCAAUGUCUUUAAGUGGGACCACAAAUACUGCAAUUGAGGUGUUGUGAAUAUUUGCUGACACUGAGAAAAUCCUGAAUGCACAUCAAGAAACAAGCACGAAAAAGCCACUGUGUUUUCAUAUUUGUUUGAGCAUCUCAUCUUUCAGAAAUAAAGAACCUUUUAGUAACUUUGUGCUUCAAGUUCAUUAAAUUUACUAAUUUUUGCACAUUGUAAUAAACAUAAAGGAACUAUAUAAAAUUUCUUAUACAGUGACUCAAAUAUACUUUCUUAAAUGCAACAAUUUUAAUUCACAAUCCAGUUAAGCGAUUGUGCAAGUGCAUUUCUGCAUUUGGCACCUAUAUUUGUAUAGGGAAAUCGGAGCUGGCCCCAAGUUAAUGCUUUCUCCUGAUAUUCUUUAUGUUCACUGCCAUUUAAUCUAGCCAUUAUUAUUAAUUUAAUUUUUUUAAUCUGAAAUUGAAAAUGUUCUGCACACAGCAGCUGUGUGUAUCACAAUUCAAAUGUAAAAGGUUCGAUGUGUUGCUGCAAGUAAAUCUUAUAUUUCAAUAAAAGUGGCCAUUACUGAA